AUGGUCCUUUCAAACAUCCUAGAUAUAAUAAACCCACCACCCCUUAAACCACACGACCAACAAACGCCUUCAUCCGGUGGUGGCACCUCAUCAUCUUCAGAUAAUAAUACAAAUAAGGAUAAACAAGAUGAGCCAUGCUUGACUUGUCUGGCCACAUCUUCCGCAGUUAUGAUCUUUGGUGGUGCUUACUUGUCAUCGGGCCUUGUGUUUGCUACCAAUGAUAAUAAGCCACUACCUGGGGUAACUCCACAAUGGCGCUCAAUUGUGCGCGGAGGUGGUGCAUUUUUAAUUGGUCUGGGGGUUUAUCGUGGUAUAAGUGCAGUAAGUCUUGCAAUAAGCCAGUACAAUAAGAGCAAGGAAAGCGACAUCACCAAUAGUCCAUAG